UAUAGGUGGUCUGAGCUGGAGGAAAUGAACACCGAUGGCGAGGAAGAGGAAUUCAGUGAACGUUUGGCAAACAUUGCCGUUAAUCGAUGCUGCUGUUUGGUUUACACGUCUGGGACUGUCGGCAAUCCAAAGGGCGUCAUGUUGUCUCACGAUAGCCUCACAUGGGAUUCUUACACCAUUGGCAAGCGUUUGGAUCAGAUACAGUACGGGCAGGAGGUGUUGGUCUCGUUCCUACCUUUAAGUCACGUUGCCGCUCAGAUGGUGGACAUUUUCCUGUCGAUGCAGUUCGCCUGCACGGUAUACUUCGCCGAUAAGGACGCCAUGAAGGGGACGCUGCUGAGUACCCUGCAGGAAGCGAGACCCACGAGACUGGUCGGUGUGCCACGGGUGUACGAGAAAAUUCAGGAGAAAAUGAUGGCAGUUGGGGCACAAAGUGGCACUGCCAAGAAACUUGUCGCGGGUUGGGCUAAAAGUGUCACCCUUCAGCAUCACACAAACGCCAUGGAGGGAAAACCGACCAACUCCAUUCAGUACCGGUUGGUGCGACGAUUCCUUCUUUCUAAGGUCAAGGAUGCUUUGGGGCUGAGCCGUUGUAUGACACUGGUGACAGCCGCCGCACCCAUGGAUCCAGAGACGAAAAAGUACUUCAUGAGUUUGGAUAUGCCAAUCAUGGAGGCGUUUGGAAUGUCGGAAACCUCGGGAGCUCAUUCGCUUACCGCCCCAGACAGUUACAAUUUUGCCACGAUAGGUAAAACGUUGGGAGGAUGUGAGACGAAAAUCGACAAACCGGACGAACGUGGCCAUGGCGAGAUUUGUAUGCGAGGGCGGCAUAUUCUGAUGGGAUACAUCGGGGAGAAGGAAAAAACUGCGGAAGCCAUCGACGAGGAGGGGUGGCUACAUUCCGGGGAUGUUGGGUACGUGGACGAGCAGGGAUUCGUUUACAUCACUGGAAGAAUAAAGGAACUGAUUAUCACUGCAGGCGGUGAGAACAUUCCUCCGGUGCACGUUGAGAAUCUGGUAAAAAAUGAACUGUUGCAAGUCAGCAGCGCCUUUCUCGUUGGCGAUAAGCGGAAAUUCCUGACGAUGCUCGUUUCGCUCAAAACGGUGGUGGACCUGAGCUCUGGCGAGCCGAAAGAUGAGCUGGCGCCGGAGACAAUCGUGUGGCUGAAGGGGCUCGGUGUGGAGUACACUAAGCUGAGCCAGAUCCAUGCGGCUGGUCCCUGUCCGAAGGUUCUGCAAGCCAUACAGGAGGGUAUCGAUCGUGCCAACAAGAAAGCUAUUUCCAACGCACAAAAGAUACAGAAGUUUGCGCUUCUUCCAGUGGACUUUUCCGUGCCUGGCGGUGAGCUCGGUGAGUUGGAAAAAAUAUUUUUUUCGGUUAUUCCGUUUGCUUUAUUGGGUUCAUUCUGUCCAAUGCUUUGUGGAAGAUGAAUCAUUUAGUAUUUC